AGAACUCUGUACAGAGGACACGGAGUGUACUAGCAGAGUUGGCAAAGGUUUCAUUCCAGUCUGCUUUUGGGAACUGUCAGGCAAUUGUGGGGCUGGCUUUCAGGAGGAGUAAGGGCUGAUUCACUCCUCCUAUUCUCUCUCUCUCUCCCUCCCCUCCUUUUUUCUUUCUUUCCCUCUUGAUGAUCCCUCCCUUUCUCACUGGUGCAAAGGAUUUUUUUUCCAGAAAGCACAGUGUCUCUGAGGAAGGGGGAGAGAAAGAGAGAGAAGGAGACUGGCUGCCUCCAGGAUUAUUUUCGAGCCAAGAUGGAAAUGUAGUCCAUGGUAUUUUCAGCUCAGCUUUUCAAAUGAAAUUAGAAUUACUUCUUUAAAAAGGGAUUGUGUGUCUUCAGCCUCCUGGAAUCACACAGGAAAUUCAGAGACGGUCUUUGGACUUAGAUGGUGCUGCACAUUUUUUGGAUUUUGGAUUUUUUCUUUUUUAACUAAUAACUCCCAUCUCCACCCCCAUCCCACAUCUUUUCCUUGGCUAGAGGGCUUGCUUUAAUUGUGAGAUUUACUCUGGAGAAAACAGUUUAGUGAGGAGGAGCUGAACUCUGUCUUCUCCACGGGAAGUGGCAGAUGGAGAUGUGUUGUGAGUCCUAGCUUUUAACUGGGAAUUUUUGAAUCACUUUUUUGUUGCAUUGCUGGACAAAACGAGAUUUUUCUCUGUUGUGGAAGUUAAUCUCUGGAACAGAAGACAGUUUCAAUGGUGAGCCAGGGUCGAAUACGGAUGGAACGAGGUUAUAUUUUUGGAUUCUGUUGCCUGGUUCUGUUGGAUCCAGGACAGGUUUGGACUGGAGCCCCCAAGACCCAGAGACCUGGGUUGGAAAUGCAGAUGAAUGGCAAUACCAGCUCAGUUCCUACCUCGGAGGAUGCUGCUAUGAAUCCCACUGAGGCCAUUCCUGGGGGCGAUCACUGCCGUGGUUACUAUGAUGUUAUGGGUCAGUGGGAUCCUCCAUUUAAUUGCAAUUCAGGGAUCUACAAGUUCUGCUGUGGGACCUGUGGGUACCGUUUCUGCUGCCAGUUCACAACUGGGCGACUGGACCAAAGUGGCUGUUCCAAUUAUGGCACACCACAAUGGAUCAGCAUAGACCAGCCACCACAUCGAGUGGAUGAGACGCCUGAGAAUCCUACCAGGGACAAGACCAACAUGAUUGUAUACAUUAUAUGUGGUGUGGUGGCCAUCAUGGUACUGGUGGGCAUCUUCACCAGGUUGGGGCUGGAGAAGUCACAGAGCCCUCAAGCAGAGAUGACCAUAUCCAGAACACUCACCGAUCUGCUGAAGCAGCCAAGUCAUGGUGCAUCUGAUCUCUUGCCUGAUGGCCACAUUGGCAGUGUGCAGGUCCAGAUUGGUGAUGGGCUUUCUCGGGGAUCUCCCAGGAAUAGCAAAGACAAGAAUCAUCUGAACAAUGCUGUGGUUAAUCCUGCCACUGCCCCACAGAUUGGACUGCCACAUCCACACAACAACUGGUUGCAAAUGGCCAGCACCAUGCCGCACAAGGCACCUGACUAUGCCAAAUACGCAACUCUCAAGGCUGUAGAAAGUGCUCCUGAAGAAUUCUACAAGCACUUCCCCAUGGUGGACAUGUCACCAUCAGGCACUCUGUCCUUCCCUCCAUUGACACUACGACAGAAAGACAUCCCGCCUCUCCAAGACGGCUGUGCGAUGAUUGGCUUGGCAACACCAGGGCACAAGGCCAAAGUGAUGAAAACCAAUGCCCACACUCUCGCAGGCAGCCCAGCCUUCACAAAUGGCUGGGAGCACAGCCAUCCUGACCAUCGGCGACAGGCCUACACCACCAAGCGUCAGUUCAGCGUUGAGAAGCUGCCCGAGGUAUUCGGCCAGACACCUACUCACUACGGCCAGCAACAACGAUCCUUUCCCACCAACAGCAAGACUGAGGUCACUGUCUAGCUGCUUUUUGUUCUUGUAUUUGCCCCAUUACUUUGAAAUAUUCUAGCAGCCUGGGAGGUGGGGACGUUCUUGUCAAGCUAGAAGACCUGUUGUUGACAUAUCAGAGUCAUUUCCCGCUGGCACCACUAGGUUUUAUGAGGGAGCAAGGGAAAGCCCAAAGGAAGAAGAGCGGCCAGCAGUGCUACUGAGCCAUCCGUGGCUCCUGCCAGAACUUUUCCAUUUGGUGCGGCCCCCUGUUUUCUGUGUUCUGACAGAACUUGGUCAGCAUGCAUGGUGAAACCAGCAUGCAUGUUGCUCUGUGAUUUGAUGCACGACCGUUUCUUGUUCACCUCUUCAUUACAUCCCAUAUGCACACCAAAAUGGUCAGUGUCAACCAGAAACCUAAGGGACCCCCAGUGUUGCAAUAAAAGGGGAAAUAAAUAUGCUUCUGCCCUGCCAGGAACGAAGACUAGCAGAGUUGAGACACAGGACAGGACAAACUCUUGCAAUAAUUAACCAACCACUACAUUGUGUUUGCACAUUUGCCCAGUAUUACAUUCCUUCUUUACUGUGCUUAAGUACAUGCAAAAAAAAGGCAACGGGAGAGGGGAAUAACCUGACACUCAGAGUAGAACCACAGUGUACAACAGAGAGCUGUCAAGGGCUGGAAGAAAACUUUAACACAGUUUCCUUCAUUCUUUGCUUGAUUCUUGUCCUUCUCUUGCAGACUUUCUGGUUUAAGGCCCAUUUGUUAUUGUCUCUUCUUGCAUAUAAAUCUUCUGUGCCGCUGGCAUGUUUGUCUUCCACUGGUCACUGAGCAUUGAGAAAAUGUUUGAGCAUUGUUCCAUAGGGAUACUUCCUCCAAGUGUGAGAAGGCUUGGCAUGAAGACACUGGAGCCAAAGGCCUGGCAUGAAGACACUGGAGCACUGCC